UACUGUGUAUUUCUACUUCUUCUAUUCUCUUUAUUCUAUUCAUAAGUUAUCAUAUCACAUCACAUAUUCUAUAAUACACACCAUGGACCCUGCAACCGCCGUCGCAGACAUCGCGGCCCAAUCCUCUCCCCAACCCGACAAAAUCGCCCAGCUCGAGUCCAUCAUCACCGCGCUCUCCUCCUCCGCCGACCUCCUCACCUUCCUCACCGCCGUCCUCCAAAACGGCUCCAACUUCGGCCUCGUCGUCAUCAGACCUGUCGUCGCGACCUUUGUCUCCCACAUCACAAACACAGACACUAGCACCACCACCUCCGACGCCACCCUCCUCGAACAAACCCUCGCGAACCUGCAACCGGUCCUCGUCUCCUUCGAAGAGCAGGACGCGCUCAUCCGCGAACGCCUCGCGUCAAUCUACGAAUCCCAAUCCCGCCCGACAAAAGCGGCAAACAUCCUCCGCGGCGUGAAAACUGACUCGGGUGGCUCCCGCAUCGUCUCGGACGACUACAGAGUCGAGCUCGCGGUCCGGAUCCUCAGAAACUUGCUCGAAGAUCUCGAUCGCGAUGAGGCCGCUGAUGCUGAUACUGCUGCGACUUCCACCGACGACGACGAACUCGCGCCCGCAGAACGCGUCAUGAUCGCAGACGACAUCAUCUCCAAGACCGCCGCCAUAAUCGCCCGCUCCUCAUCCUCCUCCUCCUCAUCCUCCUCCUCAGCACCAACCCCCACAUCCGAAUCCUCCCUUCUCCACUUCAAGCUCGCGCAGGCCCGCGUCUUCGAAGCCCGCAAACGCUUCCUCGACGCCGCCUCAAAGUUCUUUGAACUCUCGCACCAGCAAUCCGCCAUCGACGCAGACGACCGCCUCGUCUGCCUCUCCGCCGCCGUCUCCUGCGCGCUGCUCUCCCCCGCCGGUCCCGCCCGCGGCCGUCUGCUCGCCUCGCUCAUCAAAGACGAACGACUGACCGCCGCUGACUCGUCCGCAUCCUCGCUCGCGCCCGAACGGUCCUUGCUCGACAAGCUCUUCUUCGACCACCUCCUUCCCCGCUCCGAAAUCAUCGACUACCUCGCGGCAUGUAAACGCAAGAUCCCGCGCGCCCAUCUCAUAUCCUACGGCUCCUCGCUCUCCUCGCCGACCGACUACGAGCGCGACUCGGUCCUCGACAAAGCAGUCACCGAGCACAACCUCCUCGCGGCCUCAAAGCUCUACUCAAACAUCUCCUUCGACGAACUCGCCGAGCUGCUCUCGCUUUCCUCGCCUGACGCCGCCGAGGGAUACGCCGCAAAGAUGAUCCAGGAACGCAGACUUCGCGCCGUCAUCGACCGCGUCGACCGCCUAAUCUACUUCUCCUCUUCUUCCUCUUCCGCAUCGGCGUCGGCGUCGCUCGGAAACUACCUCAGUGAUGAAUACGAGCGCUCGCUGCUGAAGCAAUGGGAUAGCGAGAUCCUCUCUGUCUGCCUUCUUGUCGAAGACACCGUCGCAAAGGUCCAAAAGUCCUAUCCUGACCUCGCUCUUGCUCUGUGAUCUAUGAUCUAUGAUCUAUGAUCUAUGAUCUA